AUGACUGAAAAGCAAGAUGUUCUUCUUGCUGUUUUAAAAGAACGAAUUGCUCAGCUUGAGACAGAGCUUGAAAAUUCCAAUGAGCGUCUUUUGGCAACCUUAGAAGAAAAAGACGAACUUGUAAAGGAAAUGGAAGACUUACGUUCAGAAGCACAUGAAGUUGUUGGUCAGUGGGAAAAAGAGGCAGCAGACCUCCGUAAUAGACUGGAGUCCCAGAAUUUGAAUAUUUCAAACUACGUUGCGUUGAUAAAAGAAAAAGAUGAUGCCAAAAAGGAACUGGAAAUCAAGGCUCAAGCAUUGGAAGAGCUAUCUUCGACAUACUCUCUAUCCAUUGUCACACUUCAACAGCAGCUCAGCGAAGCCAAGCAAUCACAAAACUUCCUUCACGAUGAAUUAACCAAAACACGAGGUGAAUGGGCUGAAGCGUCUCAACGUCUUAAGGAGUAUGAAAAAGUAACUGCGGAUUUGGAGAGCGAGGUGAAGGAAUUGCAUAACUCCAGGAAGGCUUCGUCUCAAGAUCUCCAAGGACUGCAUACGUUAUUAUCUGAUACGAUCAAGGAGAAUGCCUCACUCAAAGCUGAUAACAAUCAAAUGAGUCUACAAAUCCAAAAGCUUAUGAAUGAUAUUGAGGAAUUAAAAAAAGAGAAUGAGCGAGUUCACCAGGAAUUCGAUAUGUCAAAGCAACGCUACACUGAGCUACAAACUGAGCUUAGAAGUGCCAAAUUUUUAUUGGAGAAGCAGGAAAAUCACCUCUCAAAUCUUGGCUCCGAAAAUGCCGCACUUGAAUUAUUAAAUGAGGACCUAGUGAAGAAAAUGAAUGAUGCACUCAAAAGAGCUGAAUCCUCCGAAGCUGUUUCGCAACAACAGCUUGAAAUAAUAUCUGGGUACGAAAAAGAUAUAGACGAGUUCAAAGAUUCUUGUAUUGCUCGCUGUAACAUUAUUGAGGAACUACGGCACAAAACGGCAAGAUUGGAGGAAGAACUAGCUUGUACAAUAGGAUCUAGAAAAGAUCUCGAGACUCAACUUGCAACUUCAAGGAAAUCUUAUUCGGCACUACUUACGGAGUCAAAUGAAGCUAAACUCCAAUUUGAAGGUAAAAUCAGUGAACUAAAGAAAGAAAUAGAUCAUGUCAAAAAGGAAUCGUCUGAAAGAAUUAUCCUAGUGGAAGGCAAAUUUAACUCUGCUCUUCAUUCCAUAGAAGAGCUAAUUGCCUCCCUUCACACUGCUCAAGCGCGUGAGUUUUUGAUUUUAGAACAAGAGCAGCGCUGCAGAGUUGAACUUCAUACCCAAGUUCAGUUACAGCAGUUGAAGGAUGAGUUUUUAAAGGUUCACCUAUCCGAGAUUUGUGAUCUGAAGAAGCAAAACGAUAAAACAAGGGUUGAUCUAUCGCGUAUGUAUGCAGAGAAGGAGCAAUCACUAAAUACCACGAAUUCAUUGAAAGAGCAAUUGUCAGCAGCAGAUAAUGCGUUGUACGAGCAACACAAGAUUUGUGCGAGUCUUGAACAAGAAUUGAGUAAUUCAAACGCCAUGGUGAAGGCUUCACAGAUGAAGAAUAGUGCACUUGAGGAGGAUAAUCUAUGGCUCAAGAAUCAAGUUGAGGCUAUGCGCCGAGAGUUGGGGAGCUUGGACGAACUGCUCAAUACAAGCCUGAACGAAAUGCGGGAGCAAAAUGAGAGGCUUCAAAUGGAAAAUCGAAUUAUACAGGACUCUCUUAAAAGAGUAAAAGAAGAGCGUGCGCGUGCUGAAGAGAGAACUGGGAAUCUAAGCAAAGAGUUGAAUGCCCUCAGAGAGGAACUUGCUGCACAAACAAGGACUUUGAAUAUAACGGAAGUGUCAUUGAAAUCUUCAAAUUAUCAAAUUGAAAGUCUGAAUAGCACACUAGCUGAAAUGAAAUCGCGUUUGGAAUCCCAAAAGGGGGCGGAGAAUGACUUACUGAACACAAACAGGGCGUUGUUAUCUAAAGUCAAUUCCUUAAAGGAACAAUUGACUGCUGCAGAGGCGAGCCAAAACUCAAUUAUAGAUGAAAAGCAAAGUGAAAUUGUUAGGCUAAAGACCAAAAUUAAUGAGCUUGUUCUACGGUGCCAGAAUUACGAAUCCAAUCUUGCAGAGGAGCGGAAAAGGCAUCUUGAAACGAGUGCAUCCUUUAAUAAUCUGAAGGAGAAUGUUGGACGAAUGAGGAAUAGAUUUGACGAAUUAAAAGAAAGAUGUGGGAGCGAUGCAGAUUCUAUUAAGCAACUUUUAGCAGAAAGGGACGAUUUACUUAAGGAAAAGGACACUAUUGUUGAGAAAUAUAACAAUUUACACGAAGCUUUUGUGAAACUCCGAAAGGAAUCAGCCAUCAAAAUGUCUGAAGAGCUGGAGAGACUGAUUGGGCUUGCAGCAACACAGGAGAAGGAACUCCAAUUGCUACGAAGUCAAAACAUUAUUCUAAAGAAAAGCAUUUCUAUGUUUGUGAAGUCGUCUCCUAAAUCGGAAACUAUACUUAUAGAAAAAUUAAAUUUGUCUGAGGGUCCUUUACGGCAUCCCAAGAAAUUAUCCGUUCCAAAGGAUACAAAGUAA